AUGUCCGGAGACCUGAGCACAACAGGUAGCAGUCGUAAUUAUGCUGCGUAUGGCUAUGUGGAGUGCGGUCCUUGCGUUGGGAAAAAGCAGAAGGCCGUAAAGUCCUGCCUGAGUUGUCUGGAUUCUUACUGCCCAGCUCACCUGGACCUCCAUGAGGAACUGCAUGCAGGAAAGAAGCACAAAUUGAUAAACGCCACAGGCUUCCUCGAGGACAAAAUCUGCUCCCGGCAUGAAAAGCUGCUGGAGGUGUUCUGCUGCUCGGACCAGCAGUGUAUCUGCCUCAUGUGCACCAUGGACAACCACCUAGGGCACACGAUCGUUUCUGCUGCAGCAGAGCGGACAGAGAAACAGAGCCAGCUGGGGGAGCCAAAGAAGAAAUCCCUGCAGAUGAUCCUGGAGAGAGAGAAGGAGCUGGCAGAACUGCAGAGGGCUGUGGACACUCACAAGCGCUGUGCACAGGCAGCACUGCAGGAGAGCGAGAAGAUCUUUGAUGAGAUGAUCCGCUCCAUUGAGAAAAGACGCUCUGAAGUGCAGGAUCUGAUCAAAGCUCAGGAGAAGAUCUCAGUGAGCCGAGCUGAGGUGUUCCUCAAGCAGCUGGAGGAGGAGAUUGCAGGGCUGAGGAAGAGAGAUGAAGAACUGCAGCAUCUUUCACUGGUUGAGGAUCAUAUCCACUUCCUGCAGCGUUUUGUGUUUCUCUCCUCCCCUCCUGGGACUUCUGAUUUACCCACAAUCACUGUCAGCUCUGCCCACUCGUUUGAUGACGUAGCGAAAUCUGUAAUUCAACUGAAAAAGCAUGUGGAUGAUUUCUGCAAGGAGGACAUGGAGAGGAUAACUACCAAAGUGAAGCAAAUCCAGAUCCUCACACCUAUGACCAGAGAGGAGGUCCUGCAAUAUUUCUGUGACCUGACACUGGAUUACAACACAGCCUAUCGGCGCCUCGCACUGUAUGACAGUAACAAAUCGGUGGUCAACAAUGACCGGGAUCUGACCUACCCAGACCACCCCGACAGGUUUGACUGGCCACAGGUGUUGUGUAAGGAGACAAUGUGUGGGCGCGCUUACUGGGAGGUGGAGUGGGGCGGCACCAAUGGGGUCAACAUCGCUGUGUCAUACAGGAGCAUCAGCAGAAAGGGUGGCCGGAAUGAGUGCUGGUUCGGCUGUAGCGAGCAGUCCUGGAGGCUCUACUGCUCACCAUUCAGGUACGCCUUCAGACACCACAGCAAAGAAACCUAUAUCCCCAAAACCAACCACUCCACCAGGAUAGGCGUGUAUGUGGACUAUGAUGCUGGAACACUGUCCUUCUACAGCAUCGCUGACAAAAUGAUUCUGCUCUACAAAGUGCAGACUGAGUUCACCGAGCCUUUGUAUCCCGGCUUUACUGUCUGGCCUGGAUCCAAACUGACCCUGUGUCCACCUGCAAAACUGUAGACUUAUCUACUUAGCUCCUAAUCAUCUGUAAAAUAUGUGGGUUGAGCUUAGAUGCUCCUUUCUGAUGAUCUCCAAAAAGACUGCCCUUAUAGAAUUAGUUCUGUCACUUACCAGUACCAGUAGAUGGUCCUACACUUUAGCCUCUUAAAAUGUAGGUUUAUUAAUCCCUUAUUAGAAGUUAUAUAGUUAUGAGAGUAAGGAACUGAAGUGUGGGCCCAUGCACAGUGUUCAAGAGGUUCAAUUCUCAAACCAGUUUCAGAAAUCCUACACUAUCCAGUCCCAAAGUAUCCAGACAUCCUUUCUGAAUAGUGAAUUCAGCUACUUUCAGUUGCACACAUUGCUGUGGAGCAGUGGAACUGUGUUCUAUGGAGUGAUGGAAUCCCAUAGAAAUUAUUUGACAGAAGUGAUGUUUGUGAUCCAGAUUUAGCCAUCCAACAUCAGUACCUGACUACAUUAAUGCUUGUUUGGCUGAAUGCAUUCAAAUACUCACAGCACUAUUCCAACAUCCAGCAAAGCCUUGCCAGAAGAGUAGUUGUUAUAGCAGCAAAAGGGAAACAAACUGUAUUAAUACCCUUGAUUUCAGAAGGAACACAGCAGGUGUCCACAAACCUUUGGACAUAUAGGAUGCUUGCGUGAGCUGUAAACGACUAAUGACAUGGUUUGGGAGUUUAUGGAAAGUUAGAGUGGAAAGAAAAGACAGCUUAUUAAAGGUCUGACAGCUGAUGCUUCCUUGGCCUGAACAAGUCAAUCUUAUGACAUUUACUUCCAUAAUCAUAACACUCCCAUAUAUUGACAUGACUUUGAGGACUAAAAGAAGCUGAAAGGUCAGCCUGAACUUCAGAUAAAUCUGAGAUCUCUUACAUAACACUGAGAUCUCUUACUAAUAUGGAUAUUCCUUUCACUGAAUGUGAUUCUAAGUGGACAGUAGGUGUCAGAGAAUCAAAGCAGCAUCUGUAAGAGUGUGCAUGACUACAAUAUCUGUGAAUAAUGACCUGCAGUAGAGCUUUUCAACACACCUGAAGUGAUUAAAUGUGCUCUGGCAGUAUAAAAAUGCUGAGUUCAGCCACAGCUUCAGGGGGCGUUUAAUAUAUUUUGAGAAUCAUUAUUAAUUAUGAGAAUCAAAAUUAAGAGAUUGUGCAGAC